ACGAGAAGAGAGCUUCGUCACUCCCAUGGCGGCGCUAUGGAGGCGAGCUCGCUUGGGCUUUCAACCCGAUCUCCUCCAAAACCCUAGGUUCUUCUCUUCCGGCCUCUCGAGGACGGAUGCAGCGGCUACCGCCGAUGAAGAUGAGGCCCGUGGAUCACUGGCUGUCUCUGGCGACGAUCUCCGGAGCCGGAUCUUUCGUCUCCGGCAUCCCAAGCGGAGCGCCACGGCGGCUCUCGAGAGAUGGGUAUCCGAAGGGCGUCAGGUAUCGGCCUCCGAGCUCCGGCUUAUCGCCCGGGACUUGAAGCGGUCUCAGCGCUACAAGCACGCUCUCGAGAUUUUUACAUGGAUGGAAUCUCUGAGCACCUUCAAUAUAUCAGCAACUGACCAUGCCACCAAGCUGGAGUUGAUUACCAAAGUUCAAACUGUUGCUGAGGCUGAGAUGUACUUUGAGAAAAUACGUGACAGUGCUUCCAGGAAGGCUGCAUGUUUUCCUCUGCUCCAUUCUUAUGUGAAAGAAAGGGACUUGGAGAAAGCCGAGACUUUCAUGGCAAAACUGCAGUCUUUAGGCUUGCUAGUAAAUCCUCACCUGUUCAAUGAGAUGAUGAAGCUGUAUAUGGCUACUGGUUACUUUGAAAAAGUCUUUUCUGUUAUCCAGCAUAUGAAGCGCAACAAGUUCCCUCUAAAUGUUCUAUCUUACAAUCUCUGGAUGAAUGCCUGUGCUAAGUUGUCAGGUGUUGCUUUAGUGGAGAUGGUGUAUAAGGAGAUGGUAACAGACAAGAAUGUUGAGGUGGGUUGGAGCUCGUAUUGUACAUUGGCCAAUUUUUACACAACAUCUGGGUUCUAUGACAAGGCUCUCACUGCACUCAGAAUGGCUGAACAGAAGCUAUCUAUGAAGAACCGCCUUGCUUACUCUUUUAUCAUGACAAACUACUCUGCUCUCAAUAACAGGGAUGGAGUCUUAAGGCUUUGGGAAUCCAGCAAAAGAGUUCCUGGGAGGAUCACUUGCGUGAACUAUAUUUGUGUAAUGUUGUGUUUGCUGAAGGUUGGUGAUUUUGAAGAGGUUGAGAAAAUUUUUAGGUCAUGGGAGCGGGAAUGCAGAAAGUAUGACAUACGAGUUUCUAAUGUUCUUUUAGGUGCAUAUGUUCGAAAUGGAAGGAUGGACAAGGCUGAGGCUUUGCAUCAUCAUACUUUGGAAAGGGGAGGUGUCCCAAAUUACAAGACGUGGGAAAUUCUUAUGGAGGGAUGGGUGAAAACCAAACAAAUGGACAAGGCAGUGGAGGCCAUGAAGAAAGGUUUCUGCUUGCUGAAAUUUUGUGUCUGGAGGCCUGCUGCGGAGACUGUCAUGGCCAUAAUGAACUACUUUGAGGAGCAGGGCAGUGUUGAAAAUGCAAAGGAGUAUGUAAAGGUUCUUCGACGUUUGCGCCUCAUGACCUUGCCUUUGUACAAGUCAUUCCUAAGAGUGCAUAUCCAGGCUGGAAGAGCUGCCCCAGAUAUACCUAAGAUGAUGGAAAGAGAUAGAAUUGAAAUGGAUGAAGAAAGUACAGCUCUAAUCGAAUGUAUGUGCAAAAUAAAUAGUGCUGAAGUUCCAUAAUGAUUAUAAUACCCAUCAGACUACCUUCCUUUUAACCCCAGGAAGGCCAACUGGCUGGCUGGAAUCUCCAUGAACAUUGCAGCCUGAAUGUGCUAAUUUGGUUGCUGAGGUUUAGUUAGAAGCUAAAAUGUCUGCAUUUGUAAGGAGAAUCUGCUAUUUUUCCUUAAAAUUCACGAUGGCUGAUUCUUGUUCAAGGUGGAGUGGUCAUCCCCGUUUUUGCAAUCUGAUGAAUAGUCAGGUACAGGCACCCGGCGACUGCUGUCAACUGCUUAAUAUAAUUGACAAAAGCAAGUAGUGAGAUCUUAAAAUCCUUUUAAGGUUUUGAAUUAAUUCUAUGCACGAUGACAGCCAGUCGCUAUCUAGAGCUCUCUGUUUUUGUUUUUCAUCUUAUUGAGGAUGGAUUUGCUUGUGUAUACGAGCACAUUUUGUCUCAUGCAGAGGACACAAAGACAAGUUUUAACUGGCUCUGCAGAUCACCUUUUCUUCCAUUAAUACCAACUCCUCACCAAAACCUUGAUGAAGAUACUCGAUCAAUGAGUUGGAAGUGAUCGAACUGAAACCAUUUUGUAGUAUGGCUUAUUAAUCAAAAUUACCUGUGCUAUAAGAAUUCGAGUAUGAUAUAUUGUCACAAGUUGUUCCUAUCUCUACUCGUAUUAUGAACAGCAGAAAUUAUUCUUCGCAAUCAUAUUCAGCAGGAUUUGUUCUAGAUUUGCUACCUGUUGGAAUGAUCACCUGUUUGCAUUACUGAGUAGACUUCUUGCAAGAACCAGGA